GAGACCUUUAUAUGGCCUAAAGGGCAAGCAGAAUUUAAUAUCAAGAAAUAUAAUAGCCGGUUAAGAAUGUUGGAAGUUGACGAUAAGAAGGUAAGAUUUGCUCUUCGAGGACAUCAACGCAGUCCUUCUGAUACCCAAGCUUUUAGAGAACGCACCAAAAGAGAUGCUUUAAAUCAUUUGGAAAACGAGCUUGAUAGGCUGCAGGCUACAGCUCCAGAGCCUCUACGAGACAAUGUCAGCCAUGUAUUUACAGGUUUCAAGGAAUUGUUCCAACGUUUUUUGAAAGAAGGAGGACCUUCUUUAGAGUGGGAUCGUAUACAAAAGUUACCAGAGAAUGCAAUUGAAGACUAUUAUAAUCUUUCUGAACCGAGUACACAAGAAAUCAAAGAACUACUAAAUAAGUUGGUAGUAGUAAAAUUAAAUGGUGGGCUUGGUACAAGUAUGGGAUGCCAUGGCCCGAAAUCAGUAAUUACAGUUCGUAAUAAUUUUACAUUCUUGGACCUUACAGUACAACAAAUUGAGAAUUUGAAUAAAACCUAUGCUGUCAAUGUUCCUCUCAUUCUUAUGAACUCUUUUAAUACGGAUCAUGACACGCAACGAAUAAUCAGAAAGUAUAAGGGAUUGGAUGUUGAAAUUCACACAUUUAAUCAGAGUUGCUAUCCACGAAUAUGCAAAGACUCUUUGCUCCCAAUAGCCAAAAAUUCUAGUGUUGAUCAGGACAAGGAAGCAUGGUAUCCACCUGGUCAUGGAGAUUUUUAUACUAGCUUUCAAAAAUCAGGCUUAUUAAACCAGUUCAUUCAACAAGGUCGAGAUUAUUGUUUUAUAUCCAAUAUUGAUAAUCUCGGUGCUACAGUCGAUCUGAAUAUUUUGAAAUUACUUGUAAACAAGGAUAAAACAGACCACGUUGAAUUCCUCAUGGAAGUGACAGAUAAAACGAGAGCUGACGUUAAGGGUGGUACUCUCAUUCAAUAUGAAAACAAACUUCGGCUUUUAGAGAUCGCUCAAGUACCGAAAGACCAUGUGGAUGAAUUCAAAUCCAUCAAGAAGUUUAAGUACUUCAAUACAAAUAAUUUGUGGGUGAAGCUAACUGCCAUUGAUAGGGUUUUAAGCAAUACUGAUAUGAAUUUAGAAAUAAUUGUAAACGAAAAAACAUCUGAAACUGGCAUGAAUAUUAUUCAAUUGGAAACUGCUGUAGGAGCAGCUAUGAAAUCAUUUGAAGGAAGUCUCGGCAUUCGGGUUCCUCGAAGCAGAUUCUUGCCAGUUAAAAAAACGUCUGAUUUAUUGUUAGUUAUGAGUAAUUUGUACACUUUGAAUAAGGGAUCUUUGAUGAUGAGUCCUAAUCGAAUGUUUCCUACGACGCCGUUUAUUAAAUUAGGCGACAACCACUUCUCAAAGGUCCAUGAGUUUCUGACUAGAUUUUCGACAGUCCCGGAUAUUUUGGAAUUGGAUCAUUUGACAGUAUCUGGAGACGUGACAUUUGGUAAAGGUGUAUCUUUGAGAGGAACUGUAAUGAUUAUAGCCAAUCACGGAGAACGUAUAGAUCUUCCAUCUGGCACGAUCUUAGAAAAUAAAAUCGUUUCUGGCAAUCUCCGAAUUUUGGAUCAUUGAGUUGGUUUCGGUACAAUGACAGAUGUUUUAUUCGGCAAGACUUAGUCUUUUAAUCUAUAUUGUGGUUUUUUUCAGAUACAUUUACACCAGCGAAGUUUAUUCGAAGCCUUAUUUAAAUAUAUAUUAAACGAGGUUUAUAUAGUGAGCUGAACUGUGUUCAUAACGAAUUGAAAAUAUAUUUUAUUAUCACAAGGCGUAGGAUAGAAGUGUUCAAGAUACAUCUUUCAAUGUUUGGAAGGAUCUUAGACUUAAAGAAGAAGUGUAAACAUUAUUAAAAACAAUAUCACUACAAAAUUAAAUUUUCACAUUUUAUAAACCGAUAAGGAGAUAAAGCGCAAUAAAUCUUGAAAAAA